UUCCCGGCGGCUUUCCCUCAAUUAUGCCUUCUCUCUCUACCAAAUAAACAAAUCUUUUUUUUUAAAUGCCCUUUUUCCCUAACUACUUCUAUCCCCGUAUAUAACCAAUGCCCACACCACACCAUUUUUCCCUCACAUAACACUUCCCCUUGAUGAAAACACUCUCAACCCAAAAACCUUACUAGCUAAUGAACAGUGGAUUGCCGGAGAUGUUGCAUUGCCUCAACUCCACGUCCGAAAACUGCGAAAUGAGCGUGCUCGAGCGCCAGCGCUCCCGCCUCAAGUGGCAGCAGCAGCAGCAGGAACACCUCAGCCACCACCACCCAAUACCUUACUUCAAUGGGAAUGACCACCUCUCCUUCUCAGGCUUCCACGGCGAUCAAGCCCUCUCCGAUCUCGUGCUCAACGGCGGCGCCAUGAAGCCAGACCCCGAUGUCGAGCACGAUGACUUCCGCCGCUUCAUGAAUUAUGGGAGUGGCACAACAGACUUCCAAAUGAGCUCCGCUCUCCCAAGAACGGUCAGCUGCCCUCCCUAUGUGGCAGCAGCAGCGAGUGUCGACUCGGCCGCCGGGAAAGAGAGCUGCAAGAAAAGGAAGGCUGACAGAAGCCCCAAGAUAGCUGCAGAGGAGAAGAAGAUGAAGGGAUGUGCAGAGGAGGAAUCUAAGAUAACAGAGCAAAACAGCAACAGUAAAAGCACCACCACCACUAUUAGCACCUCGGCUAACAAGAACAGCAAAGGGGCAUCUGCUAAUGCGAAGAAGGCGAGCGACGCGCCCAAGACCGAUUACAUCCACGUCCGUGCGCGUCGCGGCCAAGCAACUGACAGCCAUAGCUUGGCUGAAAGGGUUAGGCGAGAGAAAAUAAGUGAGAGAAUGAAAUACCUGCAAGAUUUGGUGCCCGGGUGCAACAAGGUGACUGGGAAAGCCGGUAUGCUUGAUGAGAUCAUCAACUAUGUCCAAUCUCUGCAAAGACAAGUAGAGUUUUUGUCAAUGAAAUUAGCUGCAAUCAAUCCAAGGCUGGAUUUUGACAUCGAGAACUAUAUACUUAAAGAGAUGUUUCCAGCUUGUCCUCCGCCAAUGGAGCCUGAUCAUCCCCACCUUCAAUUCAAUACAUCAGUUGAAGAAGUUUCCGGUUCGGGUCUAGAAAUGGUGGUGGAUCCAAUGGAUGCCACGCUUCGGAGAACCAUAAGUGCCCCUAUAACAGUCCAGCAAUCAUUUCUGGAUUCAUCCAACUUGAAUCAAAUUCAGCAAGUAACAUGGGAGGAUGAGUUACGUAAUCUCUACAGUAUGGAGUACCAACAAGGAAGAUCUACACCAUUUAUUUCUCAGCAGAUUACAGGUUUUCUGGAGGCAAACCAUGUAAAGCUGGAGAUGUGAGUCAAAUAUACAGAUUCUUGAAUUGAACAAAGUCCAAUUCAAAGUGUUUCUGAUCCCCAUAUCCCCUCGCCCUUCAGAAGCUACGUAUUGUGUAUAUUGCAUCUACGUGUAUAUUUAGUGACAAUAUUAGCAAUGAUGAUGAUGAUUAGUAAAGAUAAUGAAAGAUAGCCCAAUUUUGUAUUAAA